GCAAUCUGCUGGCAUUGCAGAUAUCAUCUGUUCGAAAGGGUGGACAGGUUCUUCCUACAUUGCCAGGAAGAACAAUAUUCAGCACAUAAAAGCAAGCUGUCUUCCUACUGUCCCCUUCAGAUUUAUCAUCCUCACAAACAAUGCGUUUCUCCCGUGUCCUUGCCGUUGCUGCUACUUUGGCAGCAUCAAUAUCUGCAGCGUCAAUACCUGCCAGUGAUCCUGGCAGUGAAGCAUGUCCUUUGACUUGCCAAGUAUUACCCUGCUGCCCUGGAUAUUCAUGCGGCGUGGUAGUUCUUCUGGGUAUGUUACUAAACAAGUUGAGGUCCAGGUUUAGGAUGGACGAGGUUUAGAAAUGUUGAGGUUUAGGGAGGACGAGGUUUAAGAGUCUUCACGAAGGUUAUAUUUAUUUUACGUCCAUCCCGGCUGAGUCGUCACCCCCACAAGCUUGUCGUCACCACCUGGAUGUCUCACUCAAUUCUUACUUCUACAUACAAUUUACGAUUGGAAUCGAUGUCUCUACAUGCACAUUUGAUUACGAGGUUGAACGAAAGAAUUUCGUCAAGGAA